GCCCGGCGGGACCCUGCUUUCUCGUUUGCGAAUUUUCGCCGGUUUGCUUAGACUCGCUAGCCGGGCACUUCCCAGGUCCGCUGUGGCUACUAGCGUUGGAAGGACCGCAACAAUAACAACAGGAGUGUUAGGCAACUGCCACAUCCCUCCAGGAGGACCUCAAGGAACCUGCAUUAUCUUUGAACAAUGCAAGGGCUCUCUUAAAGGCAGGGAUGACCAGGAUUCUCAUCAAACAGGAGAGGAGAAAACAGAAGGAAUACUUUGAAAAGAAAAGAUUAAAAUCAAAAAUGAAAUUGCUGGGAGUCUUGUCUCCUGUUAAAAAAUCUGUGGUUAGUUUGGACCUCCUUAACCUGUACAUGGUAAAUCAGAUAUCUUGCCAGAGGAAGAUGCCUGAAACUGUGAGAAAACCAAUUCAUGUGAAUAUGAAUAAAGACAUAAAAAUGCCCUUCAGAAAACAGGAUUUAGAACUUCCAAUGUCGCCUCCCCGUAGACCCUCAGGACUGCGCAUUGAUGAUCUAGAAAACAACAUACAUUAUCAAAUACAAGGCAGCAAGGAAGAACAUGGCCCAGUGCAGCUUAGUAAUGUUAAUUAUUCUAAUUCCUUGGCUUCCAAAUUAUAUCACAAUAGAGAUAUUCCCAGUUCAUCUUACAAAACUGUGCAAUCUGGAACAUCAUUUGAAAGAUUAAACAGUUCAGGAAACAGGAGUCUCCUUUUUGGAAGACCAGAGGUUACUAGUGAAGAUGAUGGAAGCUCGACGGAGCAAAGACAGUCAGACCUUCUUACUGACAAGAAACUUGCACAAAGCAUUUGGGCAGAGAACUCAGAUGCUCCAAAUUUUCUUGAAUAUGUGAACCAGCCAACUACCAGCCUCCCGUCAAAAAAUUGUGACUCUUUCAUUAGUCCAAAUUUGAUCAAUUUAUUAAAUAUAGACCAACAGACGGUCAAGAAACCCUUUGAUUGUAUGAGGGGUGUUCAUGCAGCUGGUGGUGGUUUUGAUAAUCAUUUUACUGACAGUUCCGUUAGUCAAUUGUUUACUGAACCAGAGUUGACUGUUAGCACUUCUACUCCUAAGAAGAAAAGUUAUCCAGAAAAGUGGUCAGACAGGACCUAUCAGAAAGAGUACAGUAGUCACAAAGGAAAUCAGCGUGGCACAUUUCUUCAGAAAGACUCUUACCCAGCCAGCUCUGAAAACGGGAUGUUUGGGAAUGAUUGCCAUGAAAAAAUGCCUCAGAAUCCCCCCCUGAAAUAUCCACUGCACUGCAUGGGGAGUGGCCCUUUGGAAGAAGUGCGUCCUAAGCUUCCAUGGGACUUUGGACUUGGCGAGACUCUGAUGGGAGGAGGACGCUCAUGCUCUUUGAAAGAUCCUAGCUCUCCGGAGAGCAGUCAGUCUGCCAGUUACUCUCCAAGGCAGACAGACAGCAGCUUCAGUUCUAGUUCAGAGAUGCCAUCUGAAGAUGAAGAUUCAGUAUUGCAGCAGAUGGAAGAGCCUGAGAGAUCCAUCAGCACCAAGGAGACACCUAAUGUUUAUCUGGAGAGGGAGACCAGACUUCCAGGGGAGAAGGAAACUGGAGGCAGCCCUGGAAUUCAUCAACAAAAUGAUUGUUUUCACCAGUUAUCAGUGAAAAAUAAUUCUACCCAUUUUUCACAGUCCCAGAGUAACUCAGCACAGGUACUGCAGAGUGAUGGCACGAGGGAGCUCCCUCCACAGGGAGCAAGGCGCAAUGCGGGGGCACAGACAGAGAGCUGGCCUGGGGGGCCCGAGAAGGUGGACGUGGCCGUGCAGUGUGGGGGACUCUCUCUGGGUCCCUGUGAUGCAGGGGUGCAGACAGAGAGCUGGCCUGAGGGUGCUGCGAAGGCAGAUGUGGGUGUGCAGUGUGGGGGACUGUCUCCGGGUCCCUGCGAGGGGCCACUGAGAGGUGGACAGGCAUCGUCAGGUGCCCCUGGAGGGCAGGGUGCCCUGAGGGACUGCCGGGACUCUGAAAUCUCAGCCUGAGAUGUAACCCUGCAAUUAGGGCUCAGAAUCCCACUAGCAUCAUAAUGAGAAAUAGAGCUAAGUGUUUAUUUAUAGCCGGCUUGUCUGAAGACAUGUUAGUAUUUUGCAUUUAAGUUUACGCAGGUAUUUCUUUAAUCGCUUUUAUAUAUCUUCAGAUUUCUUGAAAAUGAAAAUGUUAGUGUUGUCAUUCUUAAUAUGAUUAUAUUAUGAUACAGUAUAUAUGAAUUAAAAUGCCUCGCCGCUUCUUCCCUUUUAUGCCUAUCUUAAAAUUUAGUAAGAUCUAUCCUUGAGAAAUGUUUUCAUCCAAGAUUUUAAAAUAUUACAAAAUAUUAGAUAUGUUUUUUAAUUUAAAUUUAGACAACAUAGUUACAAUAUUGUUAACAUUUAUGAUUUUGCUGUACAAAGUUACUGUA